GAGGCUAAACGAUUGGUCCGCCGUUUCUCUGCGCAAAAGCGAUCGUUUAUUGUGUCGCGAGAAAACUAUCUGUUCAGGUUUACGUCAGUUUUCCUGUUACAUCUUUCCGAUGUGAUGAACUAAGAGUAAUUUUCAUGAAAUAAUAGUGAAAUCAAGCAAACUGUUUUAGUGUCAAAGUUGACUAACUGUACAGUCACAUUCGGACAGAGUGCUGUGAAGUUUUGGGUGGGCUACUUUUUCCAAUUGAUUACAGUUUGCAUUUUAUUUGAAAUAAAUCCUGACAAAGAAAUUUUUGGUUUGCUACUGUAUCAAAUAUUUCUAUACAGAACUGUAUUGAAGGUUUUUGUGUUGUUGUGUGAAAGUGUACAGGCAGAAGUACCAUUAUGCGAUCGAUAAUUCACCGACGAUUUUGGAAUACGCUCCAAUGAUCCGAUCACAGUACUUGUGGCUCCAUGAAACGUUCCUAUUUGUCAGUGAAAUGUUUCAAAAGUGCUUAUAGUGUCUUCCAAAGCCCAUGUACAGCGGAACAGUGAUACAAACGAAGUAUAUACUUUCCAAUGUGUAUACGAGCAAUGCCAGAAACAUGGUUACUGUUUUGUACAAAUAUGUUUUCGCGUCUUCCGUUCGUGCACGGUUGGAUCAAAGCUACUAGUACAUUGCAUUUAGUGUAAAAAAUAAAAUUUUAUGUAGAAGCAUACGUGAAAAAAUGUGCAUUUUAAUAUCGACAGCGGCCAUUUUGAAUUUAUGAGUACUGCGAACUACGCCGAUUAUCAAACUCACUUUAUAUCUCCAAAAUUGGACUUUCUUCAACAUUUACCUAAGAUUAUGAAGGCCUGCAAUACGAAUUUCAAAUGUCAGCAAAAGAUAUUUACAGUUCGUCAUUUUUAAGAUAAAAUCUUGUUGAGUGCUACAUAAAACAUUCCAAUUCAGUUUCGUUAUAUGUUUUUAUGUAAAAUUUGUGACUAUAUUCUCAAUAUAAACUGUAUUAUUUGAAUUCAUCUCCAGAAAAAAAUAAUUGAAACAAAUCACUUGUUCUAAUUAAAAAGGGAUAUGAUAAAAUUAUAUAGCUUUACUGUUUCUUUAUUCAUAAUAAAACAUUAAACAAGUUCGUGUUAGUAGAAUACAGACAGUAAGACAGGAUAAUAGCUAAAAUUGCUAUUUUCAUGAUUUUCAAUUUUCUUUCCAAUGAAGGUUUUGUAUUGACACAAUACAUUCAUUACAAUCUACAAAACAGCUAUGUAAUAUGUAUAAUUUCAAUUUGAUGAAAAAUAGAACGUGCUUUAUCGGCAGCUGUGUUCGAAGCUGACAAGUCAAUCUGAAAUAACCUCAACAACGAAAGAUUACUGAUAUCAAGACAUGGAAAUGAACCGUAUAUUUGAAUCUGACGUACAAUAAUGAAAACUUAUAAUCGAAUCCAAUAUACAUUACACCAAUUGGAAGAAAAGGAUUAUCAAAAUACAAUAGUUAAUCUGAUUGAACGACAGUCACGACACUAGAUGGUGGACGGUGCCAUUUUUGUCACCUUCGCAUCGCGCAUGGUACGCGGGUAAAGACAAGAAGAUUUUCAAUUGAACCUUUGCAAUUACCAUAAAAUAAUUAGUAUUAUUUAAGUGCAUGAUUCUUCAAGUUAAAUCAAAUAUAAUGAGUUUGUGAUCGGUUAAUCCGAUCAAUUUUAACCUGACGUGACAUUAGUACAGUGAAAAAUGCAUUCAUCUAUUCGAACGUGAUGAUUGUAGUAGUGAUUUAAUAAAAGGAGGAACAAGAUCGAAAGAACUUUACAUGAUAUGAUAUGCAAAAAGUCAUUUUCCGUGUGUAAUCGGAUCGGGUCGUUAGACCUUGAAAAUACCAAAGAGCAGCGAUGAAAAAGCUAUGAGUACAGCAGACACAGCGCUGUCAAUUUCGAUCAAGAUGGCCUCAGGGCCGGAACAUCGUCAGGAACCGGUAGCACCUGAUAAAAUUGUUGAAAACAGUCGUGGAGAAAUCUCUAAUGAAAGAGAUAUUGAAAAUUCUGUGGUAGGUGUUGAGACUAUUAGUAACCAGAGUUUAAGUGCAGAAAGUGCUUCAACAAAUAUUGAUACAAGUUCAGAUCCAACAAGUCAAAGUACGCCAACUUCUGCUACCUCCGAUAAUAAGCAGGAAGAACCAGCUACUUUAUCUACAUUAAAUGAAGGCGAAUUACGUGCACUAUUAGAUGAAGCCAUAACUUAUAAGUGUCCCAAAGAUCGUGAAGGAAAAUCAAGUCUUUUUAAAGAGUUACUGCAAGAAGCAGAAGCUGAUGAGACUGAGGAAGGUCGUAGGAUAAUAACAAAUUCACGAUGUUUGCCAGGAUCAAAUCGUAGGAGGCAUAAACGAGAUUCUGUAUCUGAAAGGCUUACACACGGAGGAUCAUUACAAAAUUUGGCACAACCUAUUGCUUCGGAAUUUGAUAGUUUUGCUUAUUUAACAUCUGGUUCUAGCCAUACUUACGGAGGAAGUAGAAGAAAAAAUAAAAAAUAUACAGGCUCCAGUGUAUCUGCUAGGCAAAGAGAAGGAGGUUCAUUACCUUCAAAUGUAAAUGCAUCACACAGUUUGGCUUCAUUGGCUAAUCUAGACUUAUUAUUUGAUAAAAAGAAGGGCUUCUGUGAAGAGAAAACAGUAUAUGAUUGGACCAAUAAGGAAAAAUCCAAAUCUUUAGACAAACCAUCAUAUACAAGUACAAAAAAAGAAGAAAAAGAUAAAAAAGAUACAAAGAAAGAUUUGUGCGAAUCCGAGCUUGACGUGCGUGAAAAGAGAGGUAACAAAGGAAAACAGGGGACAAAUGAAAUGCUUGAAUCAGAUAAUCCACCACCAGAGUAUAAGUCAGAUUACAUGGUGAUCGACUUAGGUGAUGCUGAGGUGGGUACUAUUAGCGAAAGAAAUGUGGGAUCUACAAUAAGUGGGGUUCAGAGACCUCACUCUCUGGAUACUGAAAUUGAUGAUGGAAUUGAAAUGAAAAUCAUUGAACCACGUAGACCUCAAUAUAUAUCACGUACUACUUUUGAUAUAGCUCAGACUCCCGUGGAUACUACUAUAGAUUUCUCUCUCCGUGAGCAUAGCGGAAAACAAGAUAAAUCAAAAAUAUCUGUUAAUGGUACAGAGGUAACUGGAGCUCUUUCGUUUCAAACUUUUAAUACUGUGAAAUGUGGUAUUGGUGGAACCUCGAAUAGUUCUACCGCUAGUCAGGGUAAAGUUCCAAGUUUAGUUCCAAGUUUAUGUUCCGUGAUGUCUGCAUCUUUGCAAACACAGAAUAUUACAAUGGAAGGUUCCAGGUAUACAGCUCAUACCACGGCAUCUGGAGAGAAAAAAUCAUUGGAUGAAAAUGGAAAUGCAGUGCAAAAUUACAAUGGGGAGCGUAAAAAGCCUAGAAGAAAUCACACACGGGAACUUAACGUUAUUGUAUACAAUGCUGAAAACGUUGAAGGCCAUCGAAAUGACGAAGACAUUGAUACCCUAAUAAACUUUAUUGAGAACAAAGAGUCUAAAAGUAAAAAAAGCAAACCAGGUAAUCCAGUAAGAGUAAAAACUAGCUCUGGAGCGAAGCCAAGGAGUAGAGAAAAAGAUACUAAAAGAGAACAGUUGCCUGCCAAGUUACAGAAAUCCAAUUCACUUGAAGAAAUAUCCAAGACAAAACUUGAAGAUCUUACAACAGAAAAAAGUGUCAGUUCUAGUGGUGCCAGUAGCCUGUCAAGUCAACAAGGUACGAUUAACGUCACUUUACGUCGUGCGAAACAAAGAAGCACAGGAGACACUGCUAUCGAUAGUCGCGGUGAUAGACGAUCCUGGGGAACCGAAGAAGGUCAGUCUAUAUAUUGCAAUGAUACCGGAGAUGAUUAUGGUAGUCGUCGAAAUUCCAAUAAAAAAAUCAAUCCAGAGUCCGAACACGAAACAGAAUUUUUGGUUGUCACAAAAAAGAAGAAGAGUAAAAAGCAAAGGAGAAGUUCCAGUGGUAGUAGAGCACAAAAUUUAACGACAACCGGAUCGUAUCUCCAAAACUCCAGGGGAUUUUCUAAUGAAUACCGAACGCCUCUUUCUCCUGAACUUAGAAGAAAAUCGGCAAGUAGUAUGCCGCCAAGUGACAAAUCUGACAGUAGCGAUUCAGACUCUGUCCACUCAUUGCCAGUCACAUCAAAUACGUCCAAACAUAAUUUAUCGAAAGUAGCUACCUCAUCAGGCGGUACGCCACAGGCAAGUUACGCAGACAUAGCUCGUAUGGCAACUAUUAAUAUGACUCAUAGUUCGGUAUUAAAUAUAUCUUCGAUUGUCCCGAGUAUGUUAAACACAUCUUCAUGGCCCACUGUGCCACCAAAAACACCCUCGGAACCAGACAAAAUUCCUCAGGACUAUUAUCCAAGCUUAGAUGAGUUGCAACAUUCUGAUAGAAAAACGAAGCAACAUAAUUUCACUCAUACAAAUCAUAUUUUGAACCUUAGUUUCGAUAAACCACCGUCACCGACUUUAUCGUCGAAAAUAAAGAGUUCAACAGAAAGAAAGAAGGCGGAAGCUCAAGAAGAAGCUAUUAGCAAAAAUAUUCAAGUUAUCAAAUACGUGCAAGAUAUCGAAAAAAUGCAAAAUUUAACGCAACAAGAACAGAAGCAGAGAAUUUCUAUUAAUCAUGGCAUGAACUCGAGUGAGAUUUCAGUAUCUAAUUCGCUACAGCAAAAACUUAACAAUGCAGUUACAAAUUGUAAUUUAGAUUCCGAUAAUGUUAAUUCGAAUUGUAACGUUGUUAAUAACAAAGAUCCAAUUAUGAAUACGAAAUGUAAUAAUCCUCGAUCACGUAGAGGAUAUUCUCAAAACAUUCAGAAUGUACAAAAUCAAGCACACGAUGAUCAGCAUUUAAAAAAAACUACAUAUGUACACCACGAUGACAAUUUAAAGAAGUUACACACAGAAAAUUCUAAUACACAUACUGAGAAUAAGAGUAGUUCGGGGACAGGUUCUUUCGAUGAAGGUGAAACUGUAAAAGUAAAAGCAAACACACAAACUAAUCCAAAGUCACAUCAAGAAGGACAAUUUACAGAUUCAGAUGUUACGAAAUUACCUAAAAGUGAGAAAAUGUCAAAAGUUGCUAGAGAACAGAAUACUAAUGUUAAACACGAGACCGUUAAAUCUGGAAAUCCGCAUUCCAUGAAUUUAAAACAAGAUCAACAAGAGGACACAGAGUAUAAGAAAAACAAACAGCAGAAUGCUGCUUGGGAUAGAGAUCAAGCUCUGAAAACGGAGUCGCAAACGUCUAAUAAACAAAGAGCGUCGAGACCUGCGGUUAUAUUGCUGGAUGAAACAUCUUCCGAUAUUACUAAAAACACUGACCUGCCAACGGAACUAAGAUUUGGUUUCGAAAUAAAUGAACAGCUCUUACUGUCUGAAGAUUCUACGAUCGACGACACUUCAACUGCCAGUUCAGUUUUUCCAUCUGUAGUUCCGUCACUUAUAAACAAGCCACCUUCUAAUUUCGAUAGAUACCCUCCACCAAUAUUCGAAAGGCAUAUGAAAUGUGAUAAAUUUACGCCUAAUUUCAUACAACCAAAUACUCAUAUGACACAACAACCUAUGCACCCAGUGAUAAUGCAACGGUUACCAUGCAUUGGUUAUCCCCCAAGAUUUCCUCCACCUACGUGUCUACCACCACCUCCUACACCCCCUCCAGGCAUAAUGGAAAAAUAUCAUCAACCCAAGGAAGAUUUUUCUAUGCUUUACGUAGCUCCUGAAGAAGACGUUAAUGUACAGACAUACAAUCACGAUAAAAUAGUUUCAUUCGUUGGUCUCGCAUGGGAUGCUGUUAUGAGGGAAAUGCCACUAACUGCAAGUGGUCGUAUUCAGUUUUACAGUGGACAAUGAAAUGGGCACUAAAAAUGUGGAUUUAAUAAUACAAUAAUGUUUUUAUAUUGCAAGAUUGCAUCUGUUGCAUUAUUGCCUACUAAAAAAAGUAUAAACAGCUGGGAGAGUCUGUUUACCGAUGUGAAAACUGAACAUGUAUGUGAAUGCAAGAAACAUGGUCGAACAUUUAUCAAAAUGUUAUUAAAACUUUUGAUAUCGAUCAAAGAGUGAAACAAGUUGUGCUAAUUAAAGUCAAAUCGUCAGUGAUAAUUCUGUAAAGCCCAUCGGUGCAAAAUGUGCCUCGAAAAAUAAUGUACAUAAUAGUCAAUCAUCACGAAAAGGCAAUGCUUAGAAAUUGUAUGUUCUACCGUUGUACAUAGUAUUGAAGUUACAAAUGCCUUCAAGAAGGUAACAUCAAAGUUUCAGUAUUGACAUCUCGAAUCUGAAAAAUCUCUAAUAUCACACGAAAUAACAUUUUGCUGUUUCCGAAACAUAAAACUAAAAUUUUCUUGUAAAAAAAUGGUGAGAAUCAUACAUGUGCAGAAUGCUUCAUAAAAAACAUUGGAAAGUGUGUUUCAAGCUGGAAACAUAGACGUAUGAUUUCGAAAAGAAAAACACAGAUAACUAUUUAAGAAAGUUGAAAAUAACUAAAACAAGAUUGCCGUGAUGCAGAUUCAUGAAAAACUGCAUGUGCUGUGACAGUGGUUUAUGCUGAUGCCUUUAAAAUAACAGAUACACUUUAGAGACCAUUGUAAUAAAGUCUAUGAAUAGUUAAAAGGAGCCUGUUAUGUUAACUAUGCCAAAUUGAGGUCAUCUGUCGAAAAAUAUUGCUACGCUACUAACAAUCAUGAAGAAUCUGUAAGCUGAGAUGAUCUUUAAUAAUGAUACCUUGAAAAUAGGGGUUGUUGAAUCAGUCAGUGAAUCUUCAUCGAAUCUUUAGGAUGGUUGAAACGGAAAUAAUGGUUGCUAGAUUAAAACGAAACUUUAUUUGAGACAGCUUAAAAGAAACAUGAAGAAAGCUAUAAAGUUGUGUGAAGUGUAACAAAAAAAAAAAUGGUGUGUGUAAGUGUGACAUUGAACACGUGUAAAAUAUUAAAAAAUAGUUCGAUUAACUCGUAACUGUAUGGAGUGGUUACUUCUUCCAGCUGCAACAGAUAAUAAUUUAAGAAAUUUAAAGAAAAAAAAGUGAAAGAAUCAUAAACUGAUUUUUGCAAAAAUUGUUGCGCUCAAGAUCAUAAACUGAAUGAAGGCAGUGAGAAAGAGUGCGAAUGUGUCAAAAACGCUAAAUUUUUACACAGACUCGCUUAUUUAAUGAAUAAUUAAUUAUUAAUUAUUGGUAAUGAUAAUUAUAAUAAAAUACUUGCUUGUGAUCAUAAAGUAUGACAGUGUGAAUGCAUAUAGUACAUGUAGAUACUUUUCUACUAGCUGAUGUUCAAUUUGGUUUUGAACUUCUGUUUAAAAUUCUUAGAAUCUUUAAUGGAAUUGUGUUAUUCCCUGAAUUGAGUAACUAAUACACUUUGCAGUUGGUAUUCAUCUAUGAUAAAAAAAAUAAAAGUAAAUUUUAAAGAUACAAGUUAAUCAAAAGAGUGAAUUUAACAUAAUUUUUUUUAAAGUGAUUCUAUUUGUUAACAUAGGAUGUCUACCUCCAAUAAAUAUUUUAUUUUUUCAAUAGGCAAACGAAAGCAAUGAGACAAUGAUAAAUUUAAAUUGUAAUUUUCGAUUAGAACAUCUUCAGCAAAAGGAAUGCAUGAGAAACUACAUGGAAGUUUGUCAUUAUCAAAGGUAAUAACACACAAAUUACCACUGACAAGCUUCAUAUAAAAGAAUAAAAGUGUGUUUGUCUAUUUAGAUUAUUAUUAUAUUAUUAUUAUUAUAUUACUAUUAUUAUUAUUAAUGAGAAGUUAAUCGUUAUUAACAAAUUAAAAUUGGCGAUUUUUGUUAUGGCUUUUUUUCAACGAUAUCGAAAUUACGAAUGAAGGAAGAAAUAAACUAACUUUGUUGAUACGUUACUUUUUCUCCAGUAAUAAACCAACAGUACAGCUGGGGGUACAGCUUUCAGAUGAGUAAUAAAUUAGGAUAUGUAAUGUAUAAAGGAAGAAAUAUCAAUGCAUAUUCACUAAUAUGCCUCGAAGAAAACGUCAUUCCGUAAUUCCGUCACUCUUGAACGAAAUCUUUUGGUGUAAAAUUUCAAUUAUAUGACACUGUGAACGUGCUCACUGUCUAUCUUUGUAUUAAACGUUUUCAACUCAUGAAA